AUGGAUUUUGGAGAUAAAAGUUUGAUGAAUCUCCGAAGAUCCACUAAUGAAUAUAUUCAUGGAGUUAAUGAUUUUCUUGAUAAAGCAUUUGAACGAGCUUCCCAAGGAAAUGAAAUAUUGUGUCCUUGUAAGAAGUGCUUUAAUCGUAAUUGCCAUUGCCGAAAUAUGGUAGAGGAUCAUUUGAUUUGCCAUGGAUUUGUUCGUGGAUACACCAAAUGGGUUUUUCAUGGUGAAGGAUUUUCCUCAAGAAAUAUGCCACAUCCAACCGAUGAAGAAGAAACUUCUAACAUGCAUGACGACAUUGAUAGAUUACUUCAUGAUACUUUUAGAAAUAUAGUAGAUGAUCAGAGACAUGAAGGAGUGAGGGAGGGGCCAUAUGAAGAUGCAAAGAGAUUUUUUCUAAAUUUGUUGGACUUGAUAAGAGAGGCAUUUCCAUUUGCUCAGAUACCCGACUCGUUUUACAAGGCAAAAAAGGUCAUAAAAGAUUUGGGUCUUCAUUAUGAGAAAAUACAUGCUUGCACUAAUGAUUGCAUAUUAUUUUGGAAUGAUAAUGCAAAGUUAGAUAAUUUAUCUGUGUGUGGAGCUUCAAGAUGGAAGAAUGUUCGGAAUGACUUAAAUAAUAAGGUUACAAAAAUCCCAGUGAAGGUUUUAAGGUACUUUCCUUUAAAGCCUAGGCUUCAGAGGAUAUUCAUGUGUUCUGAAACAUCUGUAGCUAUGAGAUGGCAUGAUACUGAACGGCUUAAAGAUGGAAAUUUAAGACAUCCUGCAGAUGGUGAAGCUUGGAAGGAUUUUGAUUCAUUGCAUCCUGACUUUGCUAAUUAUGCUCGUAAUGUUAGAUUGGGUCUUUCAAGUGAUGGUUUCAAUCCAUUCAGAACUAUGAGCAUUUCCCAAAGCACAUGGCCAGUUAUGUUGAUGAACUAUAAUUUAUCUCCAUGGACUUGCAUGAAGUCAGAGAAUAUUAUGUUGUCAAUGAUUAUUCCAGGUCCAUCGUCUCCGGGAAAUGAUAUAGAUGUAUACUUGCAACCACUGAUUGCGGAGUUGAAGGAACUAUGGGAAGUGGGAGUUGAAACAUAUGAUGCUGUAACUAAUCAAACAUUUCUAAUGCAUGCAACUUUAUUGUGGACAAUUAGUGAUUUUCCAGCUCUAGCAAUGCUUUCUGGAUGGAGCACCAAGGGGAGAUGGGCAUGCCCCACUUGUAACCAUAAUACUUGUUCCAAAUAUCUCAAACAUAGUCGCAAGAUGUGUUACUUGGGUCAUCGGACGUUUUUACCUCCUGAUCAUCCAUUCAGAAGAGAUAAAAGAUCAUUUAAUGGUAAAGAGGAGCAUAAAGUUGCACCUACUCCAUUAUCAGGUGCACAAAUUCUUGAAGAGAUUCGUGAAUUCAAUAAUGUAUUUGGAAAGAAAAAAAAUAAAAGAAAACGAAAGAAUGAUGGUCCAUGGAAAAAAUCCAUAUUUUUUGAGUUGCCGUAUUGGGCAACAAACAAAUUGAGGCACAAUCUUGAUGUGAUGCACAUAGAGAAGAAUAUUUGUGAUAGUGUGCUUGGGACUUUAUUGGAUAUGCUUGGAAAGUCCAAAGAUCAUAUAAAUUCUCACUAUGACUUGUAUGAAAUGGGGAUACAUAAAGAGCUUCAACCUCUAAAAGAUUGUGAUACAGGAAAUAUCCAUCUAGCUAAAGCUUGUUUCUCUAUGACACCAGAUGAGAAAAAGUUAUUUUGCACCGUCUUAAAAGAUGCCAAAUUACCAAAAGGGUGUGCUUCUAAUAUAUCAAGUCGUGUGCAAAUUGAAGAGAUGAAAGUAUCAGGAUACAAAAGUCACGAUGCUCAUUUCAUAAUGCAUUACUUGCUCCAAGUUGCAGUCAGAAAAGUGUUACCCAAGAAUGUAGCUAUGGUCUUUAUUAGAUUGGGGAAUUAUAUUAGAGCCAAAUGUAUCAAGGUUAUAAGAAGAAGCGAUCUUGAUAAGAUGAAAGCAGAAAUCAUAGAUAUUGAAUGUGAGCUUGAAAAGAUUUUUCCUCCAUAUUUUUUUGAUAUAAUGACACAUUUACCUAUCCAUUUAGUAGAUGAAAUUAAGCUUGGAGGCCCAACUCAUUUGCGUUGGAUGUAUUCUACAGAGAUAACUAUGUGUGACUUCAAGGAGCUUGUUCGUAAUCGAAAAAGUCCUGAAGGAUCAAUAGUAGAAGAUUUUUCAGCUGUUGAUUGCUUGAAAUUUAUUUCCAUAUACCUACCUAAUACGGUGAAGACAAAAUUAAGUAGGUGUGAAAUAGAGAAUGAUGAGUACACUCAAACAGAGGAAGACCCGGUUGAGAAAAAUGUUUAUUAUGCAAGAAACAAAGUCCCUGUGGAUUUGUAUGAUUUGGAGGAAGAGAAUUGUCCUAAUAUUGAAGAAACAUUUUGGAGAGAGCCUAAUGAUGAUAUUGGUUCAUCAGAAAGAUUACUUGAUGUAGAUGUUAGAUGGUCUAGAGAAUAUCUUCCUGUUGAUAUCAUCGAUGCUCCUUCCAUUGCACAACAUUCACAAGAUGAAGCUAUGGAAACAUCGGAAGAGGAGGAUGACUUUGAUGAUACUGAUUGGGAUUGGAUGGAACCUGUCGAGGAGCUGCCUGUUGUGCACCUUGUUGAGGAGCUUCCUCUUGUGCAGCCUGUCGAGGAGCUGCCUCUUGAGCAGCAUGGCAAAGAUUUUCCUUUCGAGGAUCAAGUGCAAAUGAAUUCUGUCACUCCUCGAACAAAUGAUCAACCUGAAAAACAAGGAAAUAUAUAA